GGGCACACGAUUUCAACAGGGACGCACAAACCCUGACCCCCCCCCCCCCCCCGGUAACACACCUCCGCGUCUCCCCGGGAUCAUGAGCCGGCUGGCCUCAGCUCUCCGGCGGACGUUUGGGAUCGCACGCGAGCACGUCGGGACGGAUCAUCUGGGGAAUAGAUAUUAUUUUGUCCCGGAGCAGAAGACAUGGACAGGAUGGGCGACUCCUGGGACAGAGGAAAGAGGAAGACUCGUCCGUUCCAAGCGGAUGGUAGAAGCAGCCAAUCCCACAGAAUACGAAUAUAUAGAAGGCAGCAUACCGAUGGAGUGGGACGCUUGGAUCCGAGGCAGACGGAAGGAGCCCCCCUCCGUCGAGGAGCUGGUGAAGAAUGAGUCUUACAGGACGCAGAUCAAGCUGAAGGCCAAGGAGGUGGAGGAGAAAGAUCUGGCCCUGCAGGCGAAGGAGUACGAAGAAGGGCUGGUGGCGACUCCUGCGAGGACUCUGGCUGAAGGACAUGCAUCCGCCACUAGUUUCGGGAAGCAGGAGAUCAGCGAGGAGCCCACCAGCACGGCAAACACAUUUCAGCCUGGCUCCUGGAUGCCCACCUCCAAGAAAUAGACUGAGAUGUCCACACACACUGAAGCUGCUGUGCAGUAUAUGAACUAACAGAAAAGCCCCACAAUAAACACCGCCUUUGUGAAAGUGACAUUCAA